UGUGUGCAAGAACCAUUACGAACAUAACCGUCAGGCCGUUGGUUACUGGUUGACACCGGUUUGACGUCGACGUCACAACAAAACAUUAAUAAAAAAAAUAAUCUGUCUGCGCAAAAAAAUAUCAUGAGUUUACGCUGGAAAAUAUUUCGGGGGAUAAGACAGAGGUCGCAAAUAUCAUCGUUACAGCUGAUAAUAAAAAAUUAUAAUGCCUGCCAGCAGUAUCCAACAGAGAAAGAGCAUGAAGGAUCUAAGAAUACGCAAAAUCCUGCUUUGUUGUAUGCAACGUGUGUUGCCAUUGCCGCGUCGGCUUUAGGUAUAUCUUAUUACACUUUCAAAUACAAAAGAAAUGUUUAUGCUCUCAGUGCAACACACAAUAUACAAUGUGGUCAAUUACGAAAGGACUUGAAGACUUAUACCUUGGAAGAAGUAGGAAAACAUGAUUGCAAAGAGAAUCGUAUUUGGAUAACAUUCGGUCAAGGUGUUUACGAUAUAACAGAAUUUGUUGACAAGCAUCCAGGUGGACCCUCGAAGAUCUUGAUGGCUGCGGGAGGUUCCAUCGACUCAUUUUGGCGCAUAUUCGCAAAUCAUAAUACACCAGAGAUAUAUUCUAUGCUAGAAUCCAUGAGAAUUGGAAAUAUAUCAGAAGAUGAUGCUAAAUCCAACAAGAGCGAUCCAUAUGAUCCAUAUUCUAAUGAACCUAUUAGGCAUAAGACUCUAAUAAUUAAUGGAAAUAAACCCUUCUGUGCAGAACCACCAUCUCCACUAUUAGUUGAAAGUUUUCUUACACCAGUUGAUUUCUUUUAUGUACGAAAUCACUUGCCUGUGCCUGAAAUAGAUUUAAAGGAUUAUACACUAGAAUUGGCAAUAGAAGGAACCACCAAGAAGACACUUGAUUUUGAGAUGAUAAAAAAAUAUAAGAAAACAACAAUUACAGCAGCUGUAAUGUGUGGUGGAAAUAGACGUUCAGAUAUGUCAAAGGUGAAAAAAUUAAAAGGCAUCAACUGGAAUGUGGGUGCUGUUGGGAACGCAACAUGGACGGGUGCACGAUUAUGCGACGUAUUAAAAGACUUAGGAAUCAAUGAAGAUGUGUUUAGUCAUGUUCAGUUUGAGGGAUAUGAUCUAGAUCCAUCUGGUGCGCCGUAUGGUGCAAGUAUUCCGAUAUCUAAAGCCAUGGAUCCAAGAGGAGAUGUGAUUUUAGCUUAUGAAAUGAACGGCGAACCAUUAAGCAGAGAUCAUGGAUUUCCGAUUAGAGUUAUCGUUCCCGGUGUUGUGGGCGCGAGGAAUGUGAAAUGGCUAAGUAAAAUUAGCGUAACAAAGGAGGAGAGUCAAUCACAAUGGCAACAGGGCGAUUACAAGGGAUUUUCUCCCAGCACGAAUUGGGACAAUGUGGACUUUAGCAAAUCGCCCGCGAUACAGGAAAUGCCUGUAAUAUCAGCUAUAUGUGAUCCACAAAACGAGGAUAUAGUUAAAAUCAAGAACGGAAAAAUACAAGUGAGAGGUUACGCGUGGUCUGGUGGUGGUCACAGAAUUAUCCGUAUUGAUAUCACAAAUGAUAAAGGUAAGACUUGGCAUACAGCAAAUUUGACGGAAGAUCUUCAGGCAAAACAAGGUCGAUAUUGGAGUUGGACGUUAUGGGACGUAGAACUUCCCGUGGACAAGAAUUCCAAGGAAGUCGAAAUCUGGGCGAAAGCGGUUGACUCCGCGUAUAAUGUGCAACCGGAAACUUUCGAUAAUAUCUAUAAUAUUCGAGGGUUGCUUUGCAACGCAUAUCAUAAAAUCAAAAUUCAUUUAAGACAGUAAACAAAUUGUUAAUUGUUUUUUGUUGCUUGAAUUUACUUUCUACUGCAGAGCCAAGAAUUUGACACUUUUUACUUAAAAAUGUGAUAUUAUUAUUGUAUAUCAGAUAUCUUUUUAGAAAGUUGUG